AUGGGCCCUGGCUUCCUGGUGCUGCUGACUGCCACCAGCAUCUGGCACGGCUCAGCAUCUCCAGCGAUCAGCCCUGACGUCCCUGCUCUGGUUGUCAACACGGGUGAUCCAGUCACCUUGCACUGCUCAGGAGACUCCAAAGUUGAAUGGUACACCCAAAAGAAUACGUCCACCAACCACACCAGCAGCACUCUCAAUAUUCUCAAGGCCACUUUCAGAGAUACAGGCACCUAUAAGUGUGCCUAUGUCAACAGCAGUGACAAGGGCAUCGCAUCUGUGCAUCUCUUUGUGCGAGAUCCCAAUAACGUGUGGUACACUCCAACUUUCCGGAUCCUCGUGACCGAAGGCAGUAACGCUGAAUUCCCUUGUCUCAUCACGGCCCCUGAGUACGAGUCCAGUGUGACUCUGACGAUGGACGACACCUCUCGCCUCUCACCAGGGAUGAACUAUUCUUUCAGUGCAGAGAAGGGAAUAACACUAUACAAUGUGCAACACCAGCAGAAGGGUGGUUACUAUUGCCAAGCAGUGAUAAAUGGAAAAAUAAAGAAGUCAUCAAGAAUAAGACUGAUUGUGGAAGAAGCACUGGAGAAGCCUGUAUCAGUGAUGAUGGACCCUAUAGAUCAUGUGCGAAUCGUGGGCGAACCUUUCAAAAUCACUUGCAGAGUAAUUGCUCCUUCCCACAAGUACAACAUCAGAUGGGUGGCAGCAGCAAAGACCGUCGAAAGAACUAAAAAGCUUAAUUUUGAAAAUGAGAACUACCUCAUUAAUGACACCCUGUCCAUUCCAGCGGUGACAAUGAAUGAUAGUGGGAAGUACACUUGUAUAGCCAACAAUUCCGCAGGAUCCAAGAAUAUCUCAACAUCGCUCCAGGUAAUAGAGAAAGGUUAUGUGUUCCUGACCCCAGUGCAAGCCACCAGCCAGGAAGUUGCUUUGGGAGAGAGUCUGAAACUGCAGGUCCUGAUCAAGGCUUACCCAGCACUUCUCCGCUGGGGCUGGAAGCACAAAGACCCUUUGAAGAAGUCUGGGACCAGCACGUUUAAGGGCCAUAUGAUCUCUGGAAACAACUGGUAUAACAAUACGCUUUUCCUGAAUCGCCUGCAGGAAGGGGAGAGUGGUCUCUAUACGUUUUAUGCCCUGAACAAUGAGACCAACACAUCUGUUACCUUCAGCAUCUCUGUGAAAUCUCCUCCAAGGGUCUGUUAUGUCAGGGUGCCAGCCAAUGACUCCAGCAUCCUUCACUGUAUAGCCAUGGGCUACCCUGCCCCACGUAUUGAGUGGUACCGAUGCCCGACUCAUUCUGACAGGUACAACGAGGAGUAUAUGUUGCUUCUGAAUGACUCCAGUCCCCAGGUGGUGAACACACUGCCCUUUCGAGAGGUGGAAGUGGAGAGCAUCCUCCCAUUCCAGGACCUGGGUGCCAACUUCACCUUCUGCUGUGUGGCCAUUAACAGAGAGGGGAAUGCCUCUGACAUGCUUCACUCUGUCACCAUCACCAGAAAUAUCAUGGCCCCUCCAAACAAGCUCUUCAGUCCCAUUCUCUCCACCUGCAUGGGCACAUCGGUUCUGCUGCUCCUCCUACUCCUCUUCAUCCUCUACAAGUACAACCAGAAGCCCAAGUACCAGGUGCGAUGGAAGAUCAUUGAAACCUGUGAAGGGAAUAACUACAUCUUUAUUGACCCCACUCAGUUGCCAUACAAUGAAAAAUGGGAGUUCCCCAGGAAUAAUCUCCAGUUUGGAAAAACUCUUGGAGCUGGAGCCUUUGGAAAAGUGGUAGAAGCCACUGCUUUUGGGCUGGGCAAAGAAGAUUCAGUCCUCAAAGUGGCUGUGAAGAUGCUAAAAUCAUCAGCACACACAGAUGAGCAGGAGGCUCUCAUGUCUGAGCUGAAGAUCAUGAGUCACUUGGGACACCACGAGAACAUUGUUAACCUACUGGGAGCAUGUACCCAUGGAGGCCCAAUUCUCGUCAUCACUGAGUAUUGUCGCUAUGGAGAUCUGUUGAAUUUCCUGCGAAAGAAAGCUGAAAUCAUAAUUAUGCAGGACUCAGUUCUGGACACCUCUCUGGACAGCACUGCUGACUACAAAAAUAUUGACCUGGAGAAGAAGUACAUCCGCAGUGACAGCGGCUUUGCAAGUCAGGGUUUGGAAACGUAUGUUGAAAUGAGGCCUGUGUCAUCAUCAGCAUCAUCAUCUUCAGCAUCAUCAGAUUCUGCACAAGCCAGGGGGAAAAGCUCAGAGGAAGAACAAGAAACCAGGGAGGAGCUCCACCCCCUCAAUCUCUCCGAUUUGUUACAGUUCUCCAGCCAAGUGGCCCAGGGCAUGGCAUUCCUUGCAUCAAAGAAUUGCAUCCAUCGUGACUUAGCAGCCAGGAACGUGCUUGUGUCAGAUGGACGGGUAGCCAAGAUCUGCGACUUUGGCCUGGCCCGUGACAUCAUGAAUGACUCAAACUAUGUUGUAAAAGGCAAUGCACGCUUGCCCGUGAAGUGGAUGGCCCCAGAAAGCAUCUUUGACUGCAUUUACACAGUUCAAAGUGAUGUGUGGUCCUAUGGCAUCCUUCUUUGGGAGAUCUUCUCUCUUGGUAAAAGCCCAUAUCCCGGCAUGGUGGUAAACAGCAAGUUCUACAACAUGGUGAAGCAAGGAUACCAGAUGGCCAGACCUGACUUUGCUCCCUUGGAAAUAUACAGCAUCAUGCAGGCGUGCUGGAGCCUGGAGCCCACACAGAGACCUACCUUUGACCAGAUCUGCUGCUUCAUUCAGAAAGAACUGGAAGCGCAUAAGGAACAGGACUAUACAAACCUCCCAUCUACUACUGAAGAAGACAGUGGGUGUGAUACCUCUGGCUGCUGCGAGGAGUCCUGCAAACAAGAGGAGAGUGGCCAGCCCCUUCUCAAGAGUAACAACUAUCAGUUCUGUUAGCUGCUACCAUCACCUUGAUGGUGACAGGUGACCUCAGGUGAUCACCACUUUCCAGCUGUGCAGCUCCAUGUUCAUACCCUGCACCAUUCAUGGGGUUUUUUUAAAUACAAAUUACAGCCAAGUAACAUUUCCAAAGGUCACUCACCAGCACAUGCUUGAACCCGUGUUUUAUAUGGGUGCAUGCACAGACACGAGCAAGCCUUGAAACAAAUGAGAUGAAGACAUGGGAAACUGCCUCGCACUGAAGCAGCUCUUUGUCAGCCCUGCUCUUCCCUUUGACAGUCAGUCACUGGCUGUUGCAGAGCGUGUGUUUAGACAAGCCCCUACCUUGCAUCAAAAAUGCAUAAACCUCUAGGUUUCCUCAGGCAAUCUGCUUCUCUGCAGCUGGUACUUCUGCAGGGAUUGCUUGGGUGAAAUGGGAUGACUUAAGCCUUAUGGGAACUUGUAUGUGCUCCAGUAAGAGGGCAGAGGGGCAGUUAUUUCUCAGGUAAAAGACAGAAGUGACCAGUACUCUUUCAAAUGGGCACUGAACACAAUCCCAAUCCAGGAAAGAAUGGCAGCUUAAACAGGUCCAGAACUGGUUACCGUAAUACAGAUGCUACACAACAUCUGAACUCUUAAACAUGUAGCAAUUCACUGCCUUUCUCAUAACUAUAGAUGUGCUCUUGUAUAUAUAUUUUGGGGUUAUUUUGAUAAUACAGUUGGUCGUUUUUUUCAUAAGCUAGCUAGGGCCUAAUGCCCUUAAAACUUAUUUCUAGUCUAGCUCUUCUUCAGGAUAACUAAUGCCACAGCGACCAGGUCCUGUACAGCUAGCAGAUAGGGUAGCUAAUGAACCUUAGCUUCACUUGACUUGGUUGGUAAUGGAUCAGUAUUACAGGUACAAGCACUGACACAGCUUAGGCAAACUAUGACAAGACAGAAUUACUGUACAUGUGGCCUUUACCAGAUUUCAUGCAAUUCUGUUGUGGGCCGCUUCUGAUUACAUUACACGUCCGUUUAUGCUAAUGCCAAGUGAUUGAUUCCUCCUUACUAAAUAAAAAACUAACGUAUUUCUAUCUAUCAAUCAGCAUUAUAAAGAAUAAAGAAAGAUGCUUAACAAAGCAAGUCUUUCCCGUGGCUUUACGGAUUGUUCUGAGGGGAAAGGAUCAGAGCAAGGGUGCCACACUGACCUAUCCGCUCACACUCUACCACUCUGAUCUAAUCCUCAGACACUCAUGCUUCUCAUCAUUAGCAGUACAAGAUCAUUCAAUCAUCUUGUGUAACUUCAGAAACUUA